AUGGUGAGUAGCACGGGCAACGACGACGCCAUGCAGUUCCUCCUUGCCAUGCUGGCCACCACUUGUUCAGCAACUCAGCCGCGUGCUCCCAGCAGCAUUGUACAAGCCGUUCAAAACGGAAGGUCGCAGGCACUGAGCACGGAGAAAGACCCGUACCAAGACGGCGGAGACCCAAUCAAACAAAAAGAGUACAAGGAGCAAUUCCUGCACGUCGACGGAACCAUCAACGAGAAGGUGCUGUUGAUGAUCCAACAGUACAGCCCCAUUAGUGCUGGAGCCGUUCCAACUAGCCUCGGCCUGUUUCUCUUCCUGCUGGCAAUCUCGGUGACUUUGUAUUCAUGGAUGCGGUCCAACAUGUGCUUUGAGCCGAGGAUGAACGCGACGACAGAAAGGCUCCGUGAGGAGCGAAGGUUGAAGACACUACAGAGGAUGGAGGAGUCUGUCUAA